AUGGUCACCUCAACGGAUUUUGGCUUGUCUGCACUUGCCUUGGUGUCCCUCCUCGCAUGUGGGAUAGCAAGCUGUUGGCCAACUCGGAGAAAGCAUACUCCAUUCCCCCCUGGUCCUAAACCGCUCCCAAUAGUGGGUAACAUUUUGGGGAUAAAUCCGGGUGCACCAUGGGUUUCAUACACAGAGUGGGGGAAAACCUACGGUGAAUUGGUCUACUCUCGUAUACUAAACCAAGAGAUCAUCAUAAUCAACUCAGAGGAGCUGGCAAGGGAGCUCCUCGAGCGACGUUCCAGCAAUUAUUCUGAUCGUCCCGAAAUUAUCCGGAUGACCAAUGAUUUCUUUGGAUGGUCUUUCAACACGGUCAUGAUACCCUACAGCAACAGAUGGCGACUUCACCGCCGCUUGUUCCACCAGGCAUUUCGUGCCGAAGCAGCCCUUAGCUACCGACCGAUGCAAAUACGUAAAGCGCGGGAGUUGCUGGUGAAUUUACUCGAGGCUCCAGUUGAUUUCCCCGCGCAUUUCAAAACAUAUUCUGCGUCUGUUAUCAUGUCGAUUGUAUACGGCUACGAGCCUGCACCUCGAGAUGACCCGAUCAUUUCAAUUGUCGAGAGAGCCGUGGAUCUGGCUAUAGAGUCCAUCCGGCCCGAGGUUGCAGCGUUUUUGGGUUUGUUCCCCUUCGUGCGUUACGUCCCCUCUUGGCUUCCGGGAGCCUCCUUCAAGCGAACAGCCUUGCGUUCUCAGAAGUAUGCUGGCGACAUGGUUGACGCACCUUUCCAAUAUGUGGAGAAGAGCAUGGCAAGAACUGCGAUCCCAUCUAUGGUUACUGACUCUUUGAGACGAGUUUCGACGGAUGAUGAAAAGUACUCCCAGGCAGUCAGAGAAUCAUCAGUGACAGCCUUUGCUGCUGGCUCGGAGACGACUGCGUCAACCUUGUUGGUAUUCAUCUUGGCUAUGGUGCUCUACCCUGAAGUGCAGCAACGCGCUCAAGCUGAGCUAAACUCGGUUUUGGGUACUGAUCGGCUCCCCGAUUUUGAAGACCGGGCUUCCCUGCCCUACGUGGAAGCUGUUUACCGGGAGACUCUCAGGUGGUUCCCCACCGCACCGCUGGGUGUCCCGCACGCAACCACAAACGCCGACGUGUACAACGGCUACUUCAUCCCGCAAGGUGCAACGAUAAUUACGAAUACAUGGGCCAUGACACGUAACGAAGCCAAGUAUCUGAGUCCAGAAGAGUUCUGUCCCGAGCGUUUCUUCACAGCUAGCGGCGAGCUUAACGACGAUAAUGUAAACUACGCGUUUGGAGCUGGGCGUAGGAUAUGCGCUGGGAAGUAUAUCGCAGACGCAUCGGUCUGGUCAGCUAUGGUCUCCAUUUUAGCAACAUUCAACAUUACGAAAUGCAAGGACGAGCAAGGUAACGAACUCCCCGUCAACCCCAAGUGGGUUGCUGGUGUCACCACGUAUGUUCGUCCUUACGACUUCCAAUGUAACUUCGUCCCGAGGUUUUCCGGACUUACUGCUGAAAGACUGACGCAGAUGUUCUGA